AUGAAAUUCGCCAAGCAACUCCGGGAGGAGGUUGUGCCCGAAUGGCGCAAGGCUUAUAUGAACUACAAGCAGGGCAAAAAGUAUCUCAAGGCGAUCGAAGCAGCUCUUGAUCAGCUCAACGAUAACCACGAAACGGCCCACCGUGACAACUCCAAACACCAUGGCCCUCUCUCGAUCGAUACCGAGGCUGUGUCGCCCAUCGAGCGACCCGCCACAGCUUACUCGCCACAGUACCCGGAUUCCCCUACAGGAACAACGCCUAUCAUCAGGAAGGGUCGUGGCAGCCAGAGGAGCUACGACGCCAUUCAUAGGCCACCACCACUCCGAUCUACCGCUCUCCUUCCACCGAGCUCUUCUCUGGGUUCAGCACUCGAUGGUACAGACCAAGACUCUUCUGCCCCACACGACCUGCAGCAGCACCAAAUCGGACACGAACCCAGCAUUGCUACCUUGACUGAUCGGCAAGUCCUUCCUCGAAGCGACUCUUUUGUGGCGCAAAUCGGCGAGGCAGCCAAGACUCAGAGCCACAACGUCUUCAAGUCUCUACAGCAGAAGGAGCUUGAGUCAGUAACUAAACUCAAAGUUCUCAAACAACAGCUCUAUGUGGCCGACGAGUGGAAGCGACGCCAAGAUGCCAAGGCUGAAGCCACAGGGGCUUGGUACCAGGCGGAGUGGUCCAGGGUCAGGGAUGGCCUUGGGACUUUCAUGGAGGACCCCACACAAACAGAAGAUGUCACUAUCGCCCCUUUGCGUAGGCCCCAUUUGAACCCUCUGGGCCAAGUCAAGCAUACCACAGUUGGAUUCUCGACCGGCACAGAGACCAUUAAACCCAGGAACGGAGUUGUCAAUAAUGGAAAGGCACCGGAGAACAAUCUUCGAUCUAGGGAUAACCGUACAACUGUUGAUGGUCAUCCGGUCUGCUCUGCCUCUGAGCACAACCAAGUGUUGAUCGAUGAUGAAGAGAAUCGUCGUCAGCACCUGCACCACAAAGUGGCCCGGAGCAGGAUCAAGGCUGCGAUCUACGAGUUUUACCGCAGCAUGGAGAUGCUGAAAAACUACAGGGUGUUGAACAAGACAGGAUUCAUUAAGAUUAUGAAAAAGUUUGAUAAGACCGCAGGAUGGAAGGCAUCGAAGGAAUUCCAGGCUUCCAAGCUGAAAACCGCGUACUUUGUCACCUCAACUAUCCUGGACGACCUCAUCUUAGAGACCGAAGACCUGUACAUUGAAAAGUUUGAGAACGGUCAUCGCAGCCGUGGAAUGACCAAGCUACGGAUCCCUGCCGGCAAGAAUCGGCUUCCGACUUUCUUUAUGAUGGCGCUUUGUAUUGCACUCUACCUGGAUUUUGUUGUCGGAAUCACCUCGCCAAGCAUGUUCAGAACGUACUAUCCGCUGAUUCUGAUUGGAUUGAUCCUUGUUGUCCUGUGCUGGCCUCUGCGGAUGUUCAGAUUUGGUGCUCGCAAGUGGUUCCUGCAGUCGAUAUGGAGGAUUGUGGCGUCUGGAUACUACAAGGUCGAAUUUAGAGACUUUUUCAUUGCAGAUGAGAUGAACUCGCUGGUCUACUCUAUCGAACAGUUUGAGUUUGCGAUCUGUGCCUAUACCCAUCAGUGGAAUGAUCUCACUUCGACAUGCCCGAUGGGCCACAUGUGGAUCACGCCCUUUGUCACUGCGCUGCCAGCUUGGUUCCGUUUCUUGCAGUGUCUCCGCCGUUACCGUGAUACCCUCGAAUGGUUCCCCCACUUGCUGAACGCUGGAAAGUACUCCUGCUCCCUGCUCCAGAUCCUUGUCUACUUCUCGUUUCGACACUAUGGUGGGAACAGUCUCAAGGCGGCCUACAUUGUGGUCUCGCUCAUCACUAGCUCCUACACAUUUGCAUGGGAUGUCCACAUGGAUUGGGGUCUCCUCCAGUUUGGCAAGCAUGGUGGCGCAGCGUUCGGGAACCCGUUCUUGAGACCAGAGUUAGUUUAUCCGAGAAAGUGGGUGUACUACCUGGCGAUCGUGUUGGAUUUCUUCGGACGCUUUUCAUGGAUCUUGCGGUUUUUGGCCAUAAAUGUCAAUGUGAUGAUUAUAUCCUUCAUCUUGGCCUUUGGCGAAGUCCUUCGGCGCUGGAUGUGGAACUUUUUCCGUUUGGAAAACGAGCACUUGAACAACUGUGGACACUUCCGGGCCAUCAAGGAUAUCCCUCUUCCAUUCCACAUUCAUGUUGCAGAAGAUUCGGAUGAAGACGAGAACGAGGAGGAGGAGAUGGACGAGGAUGCAGAGGACGUGGCGGCCAAGGACAACGGCAGCGACACUGAGGAUGGCGAACAGGGCGGAAUCGGCAGUGGUACUGAUGAAUCCAAGCAACGCCACCACCUCGCAGCCAGCACCAGCCAAGCCUCAUUUCCAGUGGGAGAUAUAUCGUCCCAAACUGGCGUCAUCCGUCGACCUUCACCAAAGCGGAAACCGUCUGGUUCUUCUUAUAGUGGACCCCCCUUCGGUUUGGACAGGAGCAGCACGUUUGUGGAUGAUGCUUUGGGCCAGGCUGGGUUUGCAACUGAACAGCUGGAGCAGUUGGCAUCGACAACGUAUAACAAGUUUUAUGAUCGUCGGGAUUUCGAGUCGAGGAUCGAUGGUGACGAGGAGACUUAUAGGGGCCAUAAGGCGAGGAGUAACAAGGCACCCUCGAGAACAACGGCCUCCCGCUCUACGGGUGGUUUGGGGUUGGGUAUUGAUUCUUCCGUUGGUGGCACUGCUGAUGGUGCAAGGCCCGUGGAGGCGUUGGAUGCGACGAGUACAAAGUCAAAGCGAAGGUUGGGCAAAAUGCUCAAGAGCGAGUUUCGACGGUGGAGGGAUGGUUCGGACGACGAGGAUGAUUAUGACUCGGAUGAUGACGAGCGGUAG